AUAAAAAGCAAAAACAAAAGUUUUAAGUGGUGUUUUGACGAACGACGAAUUCAUGAAUUAUUUUUAUUUAAUUUUAAAAGACAGCUUAUUUAAAGAUUCUAAUACUGUCUCGUAAAAUGUCGCUUUUUUAUACAAAAGAACUUUUUACAAACUUUAAUUCUUAGAGUGCUCAUUUUUUAUUUAAACUUUUAAAAAAAAUUUUAUGACUACUAUGGCAGCUUCUAUUUCAUACUUUUCCGCUGUCUACUUUCUUGUUUUAUUACCUUUCAUUCAUGCCACUAUAACUUCAAAAAAUUCCAGUCGCUAUUCAUGUUAUAGUUGUGAUGAAGAUUGUGAAAAGGUUUCAACUUGUGAUAAUGCUAUUAUGUGCUUUAGUUUUUCUGUGGGAGAUAUUAAUGGUUAUCGAGGUUUGCAGAAAGGCUGCCUGGAUUCCAAAGAUGCUAUGUAUUUUAUUUGUAAAACAACAGAGUUUACCUCUAACAAACCCAAUAAGGCUCAGUACAGUGGACUUUGCUGUCAGGGAGACUUUUGCAAUAAUGGAUCUUUUCCUGUCUUAAUGCCAUUAAUGCCCUCUUCUUCUGAAGAAGAGUCCAAUCCAAUUGUUACUAUCUUAGUAUCCAUUGUGGGUGGUGUAAUUGCAUUAUGUAUGGUUAUGUGGGGCAUAAUAAUCAUUUUAAGACAUUGUGGCAAGAGACGAAUGAUAUCCCUUGUUAAUCAUAAUGAUAUAGAGUCCUUUUAUCAUGAUGACCUGAGAGCAACUGCAGCUGGGGACAAUACACUCAAGGAAAUUUUUGAGCACUCAGUUUCUUCUGGUAGUGGAUCUGGUUUACCAUUACUCAUCCAGCGUACUUUGGCUCGUCAAAUUACGCUUGCUGAAUGUAUUGGUAAAGGCCGUUAUGGUGAAGUUUGGCGUGGGAUUUGGCACGGUGAAAGUGUUGCGGUGAAGAUAUUCUUUUCACGCGACGAAGCCUCUUGGGCCAGGGAAACUGAAAUCUACAGUACCAUGAUGUUGCAUCAUGAGAAUAUUUUGGAAUAUAUGGGAUCAGAUGUGACAUCUAUUAAUUCUUGCACUCAGUUGUGGCUGAUCACUCAUUAUCAUGAAUUUGGAUCUCUAUAUGAUUAUCUCAAUACUAGAACAUUGACUCCUCAGCAAAUGAUGAUUAUUGUAAUAUCUGCUGCUUCUGGCAUUGUUCACCUUCAUACUGAAAUAAGUAGUGGGCAAGAUGAAAAACCAGCCAUUGCUCAUCGUGAUUUAAAAACUAAAAACAUUCUUGUGAGACGGAAUGGAACUUGCGUAAUAGCCGAUUUUGGAUUAGCCGUGACACACACCCGAUCUUGUGGUACGUCUGUUGCUGAAAACUACAGAGUGGGCACUAAGCGUUAUAUGGCACCAGAAGUAUUGGAGGAAAAUCUAGAUCCCAACCACUUUGGAUCUUACACAAGAGCUGAUAUGUAUGCAUUUGGACUGAUUUUAUGGGAAGUUUGUUUACGCUGUUUAACUGGAGGCAUUGCUGAAGAUUAUCAUCCACCUUUUUAUGAAUUUGUACCUAGUGAUCCUAGUUUUGAAGAUAUGAAAAAAGUAGUAUGUGUUGACCAAACAAGACCUGUGAUACCCAAUAGAUGGUCAUCAGAUAUGACAUUGUCUGCUAUGACAAAACUUAUGAAAGAAUGUUGGCGUGACAAACCAUCAGCCCGCCUCACUUCCUUAAGAGUGAAAAAGACUCUCACCAAAAUAGCUGCAGCUGAUCCAAAGAUUAAUUUGGAUUACUAAUCUGUGAUCUUUAUGUUUACUAUUUGCUAAAUACUGGUAUAACUCCUAUGAAAAUUCUGGAUGUUAGCUGUAUAUUUUGUGCUUGUGAAAUUUCAUCAGGGAAAAUAUUAUCUGCAGUUUUGAGCGCAAGAUGUAUAUAUACAUAUAUAUAUAUAUUAUCAUCCACUGCCAUUUAUGUGAAUGUAUCAAAGAUCGAAGUGUUUUUACUUGAGACACAUGUGUUUUGCACUAGAAACAAUUUGUUUUAUUUUCAAGAUCUUUUUUUUCUCUCUCAUCUAACAUUGGUCAAGAUCUUUUUGGCUACAUUACCCUCCAAUAUUUUAGAUAUUAUAUUUGUGUAAUGUACCGCAUCUCCCAAAAAUAACCACCAGUUUGAAAAAUCUGUUCUGUUUAGAAAAUCAGAAUUUAGAAUUAGUAACAAAGUUCUUCUACAGAUGCCGCUGCUGAUUAGAAAUUUUUUUAAAAACAAUAGUUUCUGCUGUAUCUCAAACUGUACCGAUUGAAAUAUUCUCAAAAUUAACAGACCAGAAGGUCUGUUAGUUUUAAAAGAUGUAGGAUAAUUGUGCCGCCUUCUUGCAGCAGAUGAUGAUUAGUUUCAAAAAAUUGUUCUGAAGUUGUUCUCAGUUAGGAAAAACAAACUGGUUUUUUUAGCAGAAUGCAGCAAAUCAUAUAUUUAUCUUCUUUUUUUUUUAAAUGGUUUUUCAAAUUGAUGGGUGUCUUAGGGAUCUAUGGUAUUAUUCAUAAAAUUUUAUUAUUAUGAAUUAUUGCACUUAUGCUGUAAAAUUGCUUGUGGUACUCUUAAUACAUCUAUAAUUCAUAAAAACACAUUCUUCUCAAGUCUGUGAUCAAAAAUUGUGUUAAAAUAAAUCUUUAUUGUGGUCAAACUUUAUUUUAAAAUUGAAAAGUCAAUUUUUAAAUUGUUAGUAGAGAAAAAAUCAUUAAAAUUUUUAUAAGCCUAUUGCUGUUUUUAAUAAACCUGUUUUUAACUUUAAAAAUUUCAAGUUUGAAAAUUUUAGAUGAAAUGUAUCCUUUAGGCAUUUUCUUAAACUAAUUUCAUUACAUUUUCUGAACUUGAAAAUCUUUCAUAUUUUGAGAAACUAUUAUAAAAAUUCCAAAUGCCUCAUAUUCAAUCAAUGAGAAGGAUUUUGGAAUUUUAUUUAUUCUUUUUUUCCAAAAUUGUGCGGACUUUAUCAUAACCAUUUUAUGUAAGUUUUAAGAUUUUUAGAUGGCUUGCUUCGUUGAAAUAUCUAAUUAAAUUAAUCAUUAAAUAUGUCAUUGUCAUCUGUUUUAUUUAAAAAUGGCUGUGAACAUUAAAUUUUUCUGAAUUAAAUUCAAGGUUUUAACUGUGCUUUCUUUUAUAAGGAAAAAAAUUUUUUUUUACUUAGUAUGUAAUCCAUACACAUAGUUACUUCAAAGAAAUUUUUUUAUUAGUUUUAUUCUAAUAAGUUCUAUUAAUUGUUAUUACUUUAACUAAAAUUCUUAAAUUAUUACUUUGAUGUAUUUUUUUUUUUAAAGUUAGACUUUUUAUAUCAAAGUAAGACUGGGAGAAAUUUUGCUUUGUUGAAAUAUUGCACACUAAUUUGUUUGUAUUAUCAUCCCAAGUAUUGCAAUUUUUAUUAUUCACUUGAUAUACAUAAUACAAUAAAAAUGAUUGCUAAAUAACUAUUCCACAGCUUCAUAGAAACUUUAUUUAUGAACUCUUUUCCAAUUUUUAUUGCUUGAUACCAGUGUGUCUUGGACUUAAAAUGUCACUUCUAAACCAUAUAAUUACUCAUUAUUAUAAAUGAAUGUUUGGAAUUUAAUAUAAUUGUAUUCAAAUUUUAUACACAAACUAUAAUAAUUUAAAAUAAAGUUUUUUAGGAAAGAAAGCUUUUUUUUUAAAAAAUUAUUAUAUGUAUUUUUAUUAAAAAUCAAACACUACAAACAUAAAUUAUUUUAGUUCAAUUCUAAGAUAAACAUUGUUGCUGCAUUAAAAUCUUUCUAAUUGGCAAUUUUAAUUAUCUGCCAUUAUUUGUUAUUACUCAGUUCUUUUUUAAUUUUCUUGAGAAAAAAAAGAAUGAUUAUGCGUGUUUAAUUGUAGGGAAGGAAGAAAGUUUUUUCAUGUAUAAUUACACAUACUUUUUAUUUAAAAAAAACUAUAACUGUUUUUAUUAUGUAUAUGUUUUAGUCAUGCUUUAUGUUUUCAUCUAUGUAUAUACCUAUUUUCAUAAAUGCUGUUUUAUGACUUAUUGACAAUUGCCUGCUGUUAAUUUUUGGCAGCUGAUACAAAAUGCAUAUUAUAAGAAUCAUGACUUUGUCUAGUUAGUUUUUAGAUUCCUGAUAUUUAGCCUUUACUUUUUCGUUUUUUUAAAAAAAAAUUUUUAUCUUAUGUUAACUUAUGAAGUGCUACGCUAACUAUAGGCAGACAAUUAUUAUGGUUGCAUACUUAGUGUGGUCGAACUAACUUGCUUAAAACGAGCUCGAAAGGACCACAGAAUGUUUAGACAUUGUAACCAAGUGCCCUUAAAAAAUGGGUUGUGAAAAAAUAAUAAAGUUCUUACAUGCUUACCAAAUUAUAAGUCUAGUACUUACUUAAUUAAUUUUUUUAUUUAUGUUCAGUAUCAAAAUUGUUAGUUAAUUUGCUUUGAAUUUUCUUAUAUUCUCUUUUUUGUGUUAUUGUUCUUUGUUAAGAUUGUUAGCCCAAAGACCAUAGACAUAAAUAACUUUCAUAAAUUCAAAAAAUAUUAAUAAGGACUUUAUCGGCAUGAAAAUCAUUAAAAAGGAAUUAUAAGACUGGAUUAGCUCAUAAAAAUAUGUGUUAUAACUGGUGUUUGCUCGUUAAAAGUGAGCCAUGUUCUAAUAAACUUGCCCUUGUACCAACCAAAUAUUUCUAAUUUCUUUGUUAAAUAUGGGUUCAUUUUAAAUUAUUGGAGCUUGUUAUUAGUGAGUUCGCCUCUAAUUAUUAAUUUAAAAAAAUUUAUUCUGUCAGAUCUUUUAAAUUAAAAAUACUUCAAGUAUUAUUUAUAAUAAUCAGACUAAGUGGUUUAUAGAAUAAAUUUUGAAGAAUAAGUAAAACAAAAAUUACUUACAAAUUUUCAUUAGAGCAUUUGGCUUUCUCUGUUUUUGCAUGUAUUAUCAGUGACCUUUAAUUUGCCAUUUUAAAAAUGAACUUUUACUCCCUACUUUUUAUUCAAAUGCAGUGAAGAAUUUGAAUCACUAACUCUUGUGAAUAAAUUGAAUUUGUUGCUUAUUUGAAAUUUAAAAAAAUUUAUAUAAUUAAAUUUUUGCACAGACUUUUGUUAUGAGUUAUACUAUGGGCCUGAAUUGUUUAAUUGCAAAAGCAAUCUCCAAUUAAGAUAUUGAAGUUUAUUUUAGAAUUUAUUUAUUCUUAGUAUCAAGGAAUUUAUUCUUUUAAUGAAUGAAUUUAUUCUUGAAAUUAUAUCUUAUAAAUUUAUUUAUUCUUUGGAAUUCAAAAUAAUAAGACCAGCUAACUUUAUCAACUGUUGUACUUUUUAAGAAAAAUGUAUUGUGCAAUGUAUUUUUAAACCAAGGGUUUCCUUUUUUUAAAGGUUGAUUUGUAACCAAUCAUAUUUAGACAAUCUGUGAAAAAUCAGCGAAUAUUUAAAUAGUAAACGUGCGAUUAAUAUCUUUGUUUCAGUUAAUAAAAAAAAAUGUAACUUUAUUUUUCAACACUAAGUCUAAAAUGUUAAAAUAUGACUCACAUUAUUAUUUUACUCAAAUAAUUUUUGUUUCCUUUAGAAAAUAUUUUUCUAAAGGGGGAAAAAAACUGUAAUAGACUGAAGAGAAAUUGAUUAUUAAUUAAAUUAUCAAUUUCUUUGCAAACAAUUAUUCUAUCUGCAAGUUUUGGUUUUUGUAUUGAUUAAUAUACAUACAAUAAAUAUGUAUAAAAAAUAUACGAACGAUACACUGAUAUAUAAGUAAUAAUUUUAUUAUAUAGAUUAAUAAGUAAAUAAUAGCAUUCAUUCUGUCCUCUGGAGUAUUGUUUCUCCUUGAACAUAUGUACAAUAUAUUAGAUAUAAUUAUAUUGGAACAUUCCACGUUAUUAACUCAAUUCUUUAGUUAUCAUUUGAAAUGUUUACACAUUUGUGCUAUAAUUUGUACUAUUUUUAGAAACAAAUAUUAAAAAAACUUACUGAUUAAAUCAAUUCAGUAAACUUUAAAUUAGCUUUUAAGUUAAAAAUUAUAAUUUAAGCAAUGUGCAUAUAUUGGUAUGAUGUGGAUCUUAUUAUAAUUCACAUACUAGCAAAAUAUAGGACCCACUCAAGGCCAGCUAUAGUAAAUCAUUUCAUUUUUUUUCUAUUUAUUUAAACAUAGCUAAAUUAACUUAUUUUUAAAUAUUGUGGUUUAUUAUUUAGUGAUUAAAGCACAUGUUACAAAAGGUAAAAAUGUAAACAAAGUUUUUUUUCUCUUGGAAUUUACUUCAGAGCCAUCAAUAAUAAUGGCAAUCACUGGGAAUUAAAUUAUAUUGUAUUUUCAUAGUCAAUUAUUAUUAACUUUUCCAGUUUUUAUUUUAUCCAAUGUUUGAUUUUCCAGUAAUAAUUUACAGCAAUAUUCCCUAGAUCUGUUAUAAUAUUUUUUUAAAAAAAAAAUUUGUGUUAUGUGUAAAAUUUAAUUGAAAAUUUAGAAAUGUGUUAAGAAACAAUAUUAAAUCUGUGAAUUACGUAUGCAAUAGUAAAAUGAGUAUUGAAAAUCUAUGUUCUGUCCUAGUUAUAAAAAGUUUCUUAUUGCUGAAUAAAAUGCUAAAUCAUCAUUCUAAAUUUAUUAACAUUAAUAUAUUAAUUUAUUUUGAAUUAAAAAACAUUUCCUCACAUAGUCCACAAAAUAAUUGAAAAUCUUGUAUGUAUACUUAUGCCAGGUAAUACACGUUUUUUCGCAAUGUUUUCUUUGUGUAUAUAAUUUAUGUAUCAAUUUGUUUGAUGUCAUUUAUGAAUCUCUUAAUAUUAUUAUGCUUCAUAUCAUUUUCUUUUUUUUUUGGUGCCAAACAAAUAUGCAUGUUUGUAGUUUAAUUUUUUCAUAGUAAUAAAAAUAGAUCUGUGGAGUAAUAAAUGUUAAAUUUUUAACUUUAUUACAGGCAUCUUAUUAAAAAAAUACUCUUUAGUGAAUAUUGACUAACUGUGAAUAGUGAAUAUUCAAAUGUCAUAAAUUAAUUUUUGACGAGUUAUGAUUUAAAUAAUUGUCAUAAUACUCAUUUGAGUAAUAUGAAAUCCAUUUAGUUAAAAAAUGGAAUAAUUGUCUACUAAAUUUUCGAAAGAUCUAUAACUUUUAAUCUAUAGGCCUAGCUUUUAAUGAACCAGAGUUAGUUUCAGAACUAGCUUAUAAUUAACAAAAGUUGAAUAAAUCUUUCUCUUCUCAACUCCUGUCUUCAACUGAAGCUCCACAGCCCUGAUGAAAAACCAAUGUGAUAUAUUAGAACUGAUGUAAAUAAAUCAAACUUAAUGCAACAUAUUUUAAUUAAGUGAUCAACAAAGCACAUAUUCUAAUUAAAAAAAUAAUUUUGCUACAUUUUAAGGAAAUCUAAUUUGGUAAUUUAUUUUUAAUAUUAAUAACAUUUAAUAUGUUAUUAUUCGAAUUUGGUCUACUUAAAAAGUAACCAAUCAAUAAGCGUUAUUUGACAAUUCAUUAAUUGUAAAGCAUUAAAUAACUUUACAGUUGAUCACUUCUUUAUGUAUUAUGCUUAAUUUAAAUGUAUUAUUUGCUUUGUUCUUGUUUCAUACUUCCUUUUAUUUGUAUUAAAAAAUUAUUUAAUAAAAAAAAUGUUAGUGUUUUA